AUGCUGAAGCACUUCGUCAAUGUUGCCGGAGUGGCCAAAUGGUUCCCCCAUUGGGUACUUUCUGGUAAUCACGGUCACUGUCUCAGCCAAAGGCGUUAUUCUUCUUCGAAAUCCGAUCUGGAUGUCAUCAUCAAAAAGAUGAAGUUUCGAAGAUAUAGGUGCUUUGAGAAGCUCGAAGAGCCUCCAUCUGGUUUGGAACCGCUGAGGACUAUGUAUGAAGAACUAGAUGCCGUUCAUGUUCGAAAGCGUCAACCGACGGGGGGUGACAGCUCUAACAAGGUCUGUUUCGGGAGAAAAACAAAUUUAUUCCGGGAAUCUGGAGAUUUUGCCAGGAAUCGGGAUACCUGGGAAAUUUUUCGGGAGAUAUAAGAUAUUUUCGGGACAUUGAGCAAAGAUUUGAUAUUACAUGUUAUCAAACAAUAUAUAUACAGUGAUAUGCANGGGUACUUUCUGGUAAUCACGGUCACUGUCUCAGCCAAAGGCGUUAUUCUUCUUCGAAAUCCGAUCUGGAUGUCAUCAUCAAAAAGAUGAAGUUUCGAAGAUAUAGGUGCUUUGAGAAGCUCGAAGAGCCUCCAUCUGGUUUGGAACCGCUGAGGACUAUGUAUGAAGAACUAGAUGCCGUUCAUGUUCGAAAGCGUCAACCGACGGGGGGUGACAGCUCUAACAAGGUCUGUUUCGGGAGAAAAACAAAUUUAUUCCGGGAAUCUGGAGAUUUUGCCAGGAAUCGGGAUACCUGGGAAAUUUUUCGGGAGAUAUAAGAUAUUUUCGGGACAUUGAGCAAAGAUUUGAUAUUACAUGUUAUCAAACAAUAUAUAUACAGUGAUAUGCACCCAGCGUAUGCUCUGUAUUCAAUGUAUUUUGACACUUGAAAACGGCUGAACUUCCCAUGCUAUGAAAAGACCAAUCAGCAAUGUUUCCAAUUAAUAUAGCAUGAAGUUCGAGUGCGAUUGACCACGUGCAAUCCCCAGCGGAUUGACAAAAGACCUGUGCCGGUGCAAGGCACAUACUAUCAGUUCACACCAGAUCCCAUCAUUCAUUAGUUCAGGGGUAUUUUUACGCUGCACGUUAACGACUUUUAAGAGCACAUUUCAGGGGCACCCAACGAGAAUAUAGUUCAAAACCACUUAAACUAGCAUUGUUAAACGUAUUUUAGUAUUUAAACGGUAGAUAUAGGCAUAUUUUUAUCCCCUAAAAAUUUUUAUUCUCUUCGGAUUUCCUAGCUGAAAUUCUAGUCAUCCGAAAAUUAUAGGGAUCAAAACUUACCUUUUCGAAAGUUUCAGCCAGGAAAAAGGCUCCCGAAAAUUCUAGGUGACCUUUUAACGGGCAAAAAUCCGUUAAAAAUGGGCAAUUAUGCCAUUUUUUAGAUGUUCGAAAAUUCUAGGAGAGGCAGGCGAGCAAGAAGUUUUACAACCAAUGUUCCGAAAAUUCUAGAUCUCAAAUAGUCUUCCGAACAGAUAUUUUCCGAAAAUUGUCGUUGGGUGCCCCUGACAUUCCUCUGAUUGCAUACUGCAUGAAAACUUGAAAGAAGUAUGUAAGAAGUAUGUAGGAAAAAAACGAGACUCAUUUAACCUUGUUAAACGAAUGAGGCCAUAAAAAGAAGUAUGUCUGUGAAGAUUCUUUAAUCAUCCUGAUUUCGUCGGGGUCCUUCCGAUUUUGCUCGAAAAUCCCGAAUCCUGAUGAAUAUGAUAUGCGUUCGGGAUAGGAAAAUUUCAGAUUUCGACAGUUGUUCUGAAAUUUUCAAAUGAAUUCUUAUGAUACUCAUACAAUGACACCACACAGAGUAUACUUAGCUGAAAGUGAUAUCCAGAGCAAUUUCNCAGGGGUAUUUUUACGCUGCACGUUAACGACUUUUAAGAGCACAUUUCAGGGGCACCCAACGAGAAUAUAGUUCAAAACCACUUAAACUAGCAUUGUUAAACGUAUUUUAGUAUUUAAACGGUAGAUAUAGGCAUAUUUUUAUCCCCUAAAAAUUUUUAUUCUCUUCGGAUUUCCUAGCUGAAAUUCUAGUCAUCCGAAAAUUAUAGGGAUCAAAACUUACCUUUUCGAAAGUUUCAGCCAGGAAAAAGGCUCCCGAAAAUUCUAGGUGACCUUUUAACGGGCAAAAAUCCGUUAAAAAUGGGCAAUUAUGCCAUUUUUUAGAUGUUCGAAAAUUCUAGGAGAGGCAGGCGAGCAAGAAGUUUUACAACCAAUGUUCCGAAAAUUCUAGAUCUCAAAUAGUCUUCCGAACAGAUAUUUUCCGAAAAUUGUCGUUGGGUGCCCCUGACAUUCCUCUGAUUGCAUACUGCAUGAAAACUUGAAAGAAGUAUGUAAGAAGUAUGUAGGAAAAAAACGAGACUCAUUUAACCUUGUUAAACGAAUGAGGCCAUAAAAAGAAGUAUGUCUGUGAAGAUUCUUUAAUCAUCCUGAUUUCGUCGGGGUCCUUCCGAUUUUGCUCGAAAAUCCCGAAUCCUGAUGAAUAUGAUAUGCGUUCGGGAUAGGAAAAUUUCAGAUUUCGACAGUUGUUCUGAAAUUUUCAAAUGAAUUCUUAUGAUACUCAUACAAUGACACCACACAGAGUAUACUUAGCUGAAAGUGAUAUCCAGAGCAAUUUCAAAAACUGUACAACUUGUAUGAAAUAAAAUUGACUACUUCUACCCGAAGUCACGCCAAUAAAAAUAAGCAUAAAAAGGACAAUUGAUUUAGAGAACAUUUUGGACAGAAGUUGUCCUCUCAGAACACCAGAAAUGGCGUUUCAGAGCACCAAGAUUUCAAAAUUUUCUGGGGGAGCAUUCCCCCAUACCCCCCUAGUCGUUGGCCCCUUCACUGCUCGCCUGAUUCAUCGGUGAUUAAAAAACAAAAAAACACGAUUUUAUAUACUUAAAAAGUUUGACAGUCUUUUCUCUGUUAACAUGAUACCUUCUAAACGAAAAAAAACUAAGGUUAGAUAAUUAACAAGUUACAUAAUUGACAAGAAGCUGCAAAAAAUCUCUAAUCACAAUUUUAAUUUUAAUUGUUAAAACAAUUUUGGGAAGUUAAACAUUUAUGGGGAAUGCCACCGAAAAAUUCGGGAGGGUCGACGAAAUUUCCGGAAAGGACAGAAAGUUAUUCGUAAGACUGCCCAAACAACCUUUGUUAGAGUUGUCACCCGCCGUUCAACCGCACGUGUUAUUUCUGAGAAGUGAACUUGUUCUUCAGAGGCUGGAGUACCUUAAGCCGUCAGGGUUAUUAGCUCGACAGAAAAGGAAGCUCUUGGAAAGAUCUCCCCCGGUUCUUGUACUCGCUGAAGAUUCUCAAAAAAGGGGGGGGGCUAUAUUAUCUCAGGGGAGUUAUUCGUGUCCAGAAUGA